AGCAUGUUUUACUCACUUCAUUCAAUGUUCAGCGUCCCAUAGUUACGUGCCGGCUUGUAUUUUCACUCCAUUCCAGAAACUGACAUGACUGGUAACUAUCGCACUGACUGGCAAUAUUGAAAAAGUGUACAAUUGGAAAUAUCCAGGACUCCGUCUCAUGCUGAAUCUCAGGGAGAUCUAAUCAGUUUAUCACGACAGGAACCAAAAAGUAGGAAACUGAAUAUGCAUCGACACCUGUUGGCACCCUUUCUCGUUAUCUUUUCACUUCCGGUUUACACAGCAAAUAUCCUUGUGGAGACGACCUCUGGAUUUGUCCGUGGCUUCGCUCAAACUGUGGAAGGGAAUACAAUCUAUACGUACCUAGGCAUCCCGUUUGCUCAACCUCCCGUUGCUCAUCUCAGAUUCCGCCGUCCGCUGCCAAUCGAAAAGUGGACCGACGUUUAUAAUGCAAAUACCCUCGGAAACUCUUGCUUUCAAAUGCCCUUUGAGACUUUUCAAGACAAGGUGGGGAAAAAGUCCGAGGAUAUGUGGAAUCCGAAUACAAAUAUGAGUGAGGAUUGUUUACAUUUAAAUAUCUGGGUACCGGAAGUGGCUGGUGAUACGAAACUAACAACGAUGGUUUGGAUAUACGGAGGCGGUUUUGUGACCGGCUCAUCCACACUGGAUUUAUACGACGGAGCGCUGUUCGCAAGUUCACAGCAAGUUAUAGUGAUAUCAGUUAACUACAGAUUAGGUCCACUUGGAUUUCUAUAUUUAGACACCGAAUAUUCUCCCGGAAAUAUGGGGCUGUUGGACCAACAAUUAGCACUUAAUUGGAUUCAUUCUAACAUUCAACACUUCGGUGGUUCACUAGACGAUGUAACGUUGUUUGGAGAAAGCGCCGGGGCUGCUAGUGUCGCCUACCAUAUGAUGGCAAACAAUUCGCGGGAUCUUUUCAGCAACGCCAUUUUACAGAGUGCUUCCGCUCUUGCGCCUUGGGCAUAUACUAAACCGGAAGUGGCUUUAGAAUAUGCCGAGGCGUUAGCAAAUGUUUUUAAAUGUGGAUCUGCUGAAAAAAGCUCAGUUAUUGAAUGUUUAAAAACAAAGGAUGCGCGUGAAUUAUCUACACAAAUGUGGAAUUUACCAAUAACUGCAGUGUCAUUUAAUUUCGUCCCAACUAUAGACAACUACUUUAUUCACAAAUCGCCCUCUGAAUUCUUCAGUUCAGGCAGUUUACCCGCGAAAAACGUAUUACUAGGGGUAAACAGAAACGAGGCUAUGUAUUUCCUGUUUUAUAGUUUAUAUGUGGAAAUGAACUGGCCGAAUAAAACACUGAUGCGACCCGAUUAUUUAAAAAAUGUUCCAAUGACUCUGUCUCCUAAUGGAUUACACAAACUAAACGCAGUAGAAGACAGACUCAUAAUAGACGCCAUUUUACACCGAUACGAGAGCCACCUACUUCCGGGUGAUGAGAAGGACUAUAUGAAACUUCUAGAUGAUAUAAGUGGAGAUUUUGCAUUCAAGUGUCCUGUGAUCAAUUUCGCACAGAAAUACGCACAAUCCAAUGGAAACACCAAGAGGGUUUACUUCUACGAGUUCAGCCACCGUCCGUCCGUCAGUGCAUGGCCUGAGUGGUCAGGCACUCUGCACGGGGACGAAAUUGAGUUUUUAUUCGGACUUCCACUUCGACAGGGAAGCACAUACACCGCCAACGAAAGGUCACUUAGUCGGGAUAUGAUGCAGUAUUGGGCCAGAUUUGCACGAACAGGUACGCCGUCGAGUGACUGGCCACCAUAUUCGUUUGAGAACGAGGAGUACCGGAAGUUACAAACGGCAGUCGGUCCAUACGAGAGUGUGUACGAUAGGGGUCUGAAACAUAGUUAUUGCCAAUUCUGGAACGAAUACAUUCCAAAACUUCAGAACUACCUCAGAAAAAAAAAGCGCUGUGAUUGUGCUGUAAACACAGGACACCGGAACUCACACUUCUAACGCAUGCGCUGAUAGUAGUGGCUGUAUUAUGUUGUAAUAUACUGUUUUUUGGCAGAUAGAAGUACGUUAAACUAUUUCAGAUAAAUAUCACUCAGGUCAUUAUAUUGAACGUGGUUAAUUAUAAUCAGAAACGAUUCCAUAUAUACAUGUACAUACAAAAUGUUUAAACCAAAACUUAAGUCUGAGAAUUUUCAAGAAAUAAGACCCUGAACUAAGUCGCCAGACUUCCGGUUAUCUGAGUAAAAUAUCUGUCCAAGUUUUGACUGGUUUAUUUCGAGAAAUCUAGACCAGAGUUUAAAGUUACUAUUCUAACUGUACUUCGUCUGAGGCUAUGAUGUUAAGGCGUUAUUGAAUGAGGGACGAUAACUCUUAUAGCGAAAAACAGUUCUAACAAUUACCCGAGUUACUUCCCGUCCUUCACAGCACUGGUCUGGUAGUCGCACUGUAUAAAUGUCAUUGCAUUUAAAUUUCAUCAGUCGGUGUGUGUUUUCCACAUAUGUCUGAGUUUUUAUAAGAUUGAUUGAAGUGGCUACGGUUAGGGAAUGCUCACUUCGGUUGUUCUUUGUGACUGAAGGGACAGUACCCAGAGACCCGGAUGACGACAAAAUACCGUGUAGAUCGCCUAUAGGAAUCGACACAGUAUAUCAAGUUCUAGUAUGUAAGUAGUCACGGUAUAUCAAUUGACGAUUUACAGUGGUAGAUCCAACACCAGACCCACCCCCCCCCCCCCCCCCCCCCCCCCCCACCCCCCCCCCCCCUAUGAUUCAACUGUUAUAAAGCUCGGUAUUUUCAGGGGCAUUGCCCUUAGGGACCCCUAAAAUCUUUGUCCUGGACCCGCAGGGGGCCUCAAGAAAGGCGGACGUUAAAACUGUUCCCUCCCCCAUUCAACAUUUUACAUCUACGACAGGUUUACAAAAUAUAUAUCGGGAAUAGCGAUUGGUCUACAAUGAGUGGAGAGAUACAGCAGCAUCGAAUGUCUCGAACAUUGCAGCUAUGAGUACCGUGCACAUUUAAAUUCCGUACACCUAUUAAUUCAAUACACCUUUAUAGCGUGCACCUAUGUAUAACAUGCACCUAUGUAUAACAUGCACCUGUGUAUAAUGUGCACAUAUGUAUAACAUGCACCUGUGUAUAAUGUGCACCUAUGUAUAACGUGCACCAAUGAAACCGCGUGCCUAUCAAUGCCAUGCACCAAUGAAUGCCCUGCAUCUAUUUGAUAACGUGCACCGAUUAAUGUCAUGCGUGUAGAGUACUGCGCCUUCUAAAAAUCCACCUAAUGAUACCGUGCACUUAUAAAUAUCAUGCACCUAUGAUUAACGUGCAUUUAUGGUACUAUUUUAUAGAUACCGUGCACCUAUCAAUACAGUACAUCUAUUAAUUACUCUGAUCCAAUGUAUACCGUGCGUCCAUGGGCAUUGCGCUGCUAUAAAUACCGUGUACCUUUUAAUUCCCAACACAUGUACCAAUGAAUACCGUACAUCUAUGAGCACCGUGCAUCUAUUAAUUCCGUGCACCGAUUAAUACCAUGUACCAAGUGUUGCCACGCCCAGUUUUCCCCGUAAAUCCAUUAACCCUAGCCUUCAUGUUUACCAGUUUGAAACGCACAUGGGCACAAUACGAACAAUGAUUUGUCUAAUGCAUACCUGUAGAUUCUGCCAUACUGUAGAUUCUGUCAUACCUGUAGUUCUGUCAUACCUGUAGGUUCUGUCAUACUGUAGAUUCUGUCAUACCUGUAGGUUCUGUCAUACCUGUAGGUUCUGUCAUACCUGUAGGUUCUGUCAUAUCUGUAGAUUCUGUCAUCAACAGUUUUGUUUCAUAGAGACACAUGUAAAUAGAAUAAUGGGGGAAUCGCAUUUCAUGUUUAAUUUGUAAUUACUUGUAGUGACACGAAGAGCUUUUUACUCUCGUUUUCUACAUUGAAUUCUCGCUGGGACGUAAAGAGCUCUAUACUUUCGUUUUAUACACCGACUUCUCGCGGUAGUGACGCGAAGAGCUCGGUUACUCUCGUUUUCUACACUGAAUUCUCGUUGGGACGUAAAGAGCUCUAUACUUUCGUUUUAUACACCGACUUCUCGCGUUGUGACGCGAAGAGCUCGGUUACUCUCGUUUUCUACACCGACUUCUGGCUGUAGUGACGUGAAUAUCUCGUUUUCUACACGGAUGUUCUCGCUGUAGUGACGUGAAGAGCUCUCUACUCUCGUUUUCUACACGAGAUCUUGCUUCUCCCCAACUCUCUUUCCAUGUGGUCAUCUUUGAUGAUAUGUUUAAGUGCAAAUAUCCCUACUGUUCUGCUUUCGGAAUUAAAUUUUACAAUGAGUAUCUUGUACAUCAAGACACUGAAUUGCAUAUGAAUGUUAGGAAUAUUUAUGCCCAUUCGAUUCAAUUCAAAUUAUAUUAAUUUAUUUCCAGAAUGACGUAAGUUAUUAAAAUCUGAAACUGAACAUUGCGGACGCCAUUAUUCCAAUAUUUCCAAAGUAGAACUUUGACAAGAAAAAAAAUAUGAUAAUGAAAUCAUAAAAUUUAAAACCCAGAAAAAUGAACAUUUGUAUAUAUCUUUGUGAACACUUGAGGAACUGUGACGUAAUAGAGACAAGGGCAGAUAAUCGAUAACUACAUGCUUUUCAAUAGACAUCGACACCCAUUAGUGUGACCGAACUAGACUUUAUAAUCUAUUAUAUCUAGUGUAGCGGGUAGUGUAUUGCUUUCCCCUUUGUUCUUUGUGCGUGUUUAAUUUACUUAUGGUUCAAUCACACACCACGAAUAUUUUUAGUCAUUCGCAAAGUAGUCCAACGCGUAGUGAUAUGUUAAAUCAUUUUUCCUGAUAAAAUGUAGAUGUACUCUUGUAGUUCACGUAUUAAAAUGGGUGAACAUAUACAUCUUUUGAAUUAUUCUUCCAUCCCACACCAAAAUUUAUAUAUAUAUAUACCAAAAAUCGUGAAUUCUUGGAUCCACACUAAAAUAUGUAUAACCUGAAAUCGUGAAUUCUUGGAUCCACACCAAAACAUAAACACAUAAACUUGAAAUCGUGAAUUCUUUGAUCCACACCAAAAUAUCUAUUUCGUGAAAUCGUGAUUUUUCGAUCCACAAAAAAUAUGUAUAUACAAAUGGAAUAAUUAUAUUCAAAGUGUCAUCACUUCCAGUAAAAUUUGUUAGUGUUUAGCGUUUGAGCUGCCACACUGCGGAGGGUGUUCUGAGAGAACCCCCGUAAUUCCCGAGUACCAGUUGUCCAUUCAUCACGUGAUUUGAAUGAUUUUAGUGUUUUCCACAUUAGUACGCACUCUUAUGAAUAUCGAAAAUUUAAAGUCUUUGUGUUACCAGAAUAGUAGGGGAAAUACUUGUUAGUUAAUUAUUAUUCUUUAAAUUUUCAAACAAAAACAAAAUAUAUAAUUAUGCGUUUAGGAAGAGUCAGCUUUUGUUAGUUUUAUUUUUUUGAUAUAUUUACUAGCAUAUUUACUAUGAAAAUCAUUUCAAUCAAAGAUAUAUGUACAUAGAAAUAUAAAUGUUUCAGUUAAAAUAUAUUUUGUAGAAUAAUGAUUACUCAAAUAUUACUUAUGUAAAAUUUUUCCAAUGUUAUGCAAUAUGUUAGAGCAUUAGAAUUGUCUGAAACACCAUCUGUGUGUUACGGUUGUUUAUAACAUGUGAGAGACAAGCCACCAUGUCAUUGUAGCAUGGAUUUUAAUGUUAAUAAAUUUUCCAAUGUA